UCGGAGCGUGACCGCCCCUGGGACAUUGAUUCGAACAUUCUUCUCCCUUCCAACAAAUUCCUUCUCCUCCAUCGCGCAACGCAGGAGAAGCCGAACAUAAAAGAAGAGUAACGAGGAGAAAAGAGGCAUGUGCCAGUGCUUCUUCCUUCCUCACUCUCCUUCCCGAAUCUCUUUCUGCUUCCCCUCCCCUCCCAUGAUGUCAAGAAGAAGAACGCUCCGCUCCACCGCCCCAGCCAUGCACUCCAAUCCCUCCCCUCCUCUCCCUUCCCAACAUCACCCACCCCAAGAAGAGCAAAGCCAGCAGCAGCAGCAGGCCAUCGAGUACCACAACCAGACCAAGCAUUCCCUCACCACCGGCUACGCCCGCGGCCCCCGCGGCCUCGACUGGGCCAACCAGCCCAACCCUUUCCUCCGCUUCCUCUCCUCCCCUCUCCUCCCUCUCCUCCACUUCCCCCCUCUCCCCGGCGACUCCCCUCUCUACCACUCCCUUUUCUCUUCGUUUCCUUCACCACCUCACCCCAUCUCCCAUGCCUCCCUCUCCCGCCUCCUCUACGACUCCCUCUCCCUCUCCGCCUGGAAGACCACCGGCCUCUCCACCUGGUCCCUCCGCGUCAACCCCAGCAGCGGCAACCUCCACCCCACCGAAGCCCACCUCCUUUCGCCACCUCUCCCCGACGACAACUCACCUUUCUCCUCUUCCCCUUUCCUGGCCCAUUACUCCCCCAAGGACCACUCCCUCGAGCUCCGCGCCCGCCUCGAAACCUCUUCCCUCUUCCCCAAUCAUGCCGGCUCCCAGCUCCUCCUCGUUCUAUCUUCUAUCUUCUGGCGCGAGGCCUGGAAAUACGGGGAGCGCGCCCUCCGCUACUGCAACCACGACGCCGGCCACGCCCUCGCCGCCGUCGCCCUCGCCGCCGCUUCCCUCGGCUGGGACGCGCGCCUUCUCGACGGCCUCGGCCACGAGGACCUAGACCGCCUCCUCGGCCUCUACCGCGCCAACCCUUCGCCGCCUUCCCAGCUCCCCGACCGACCCGUCCGCGGCCGCUUCCCCUGGAUCGAAUCCCAGCAUCCCGACUGCGCCCUCCUCCUCUUCCCCUUCGGCGCUGCGUCCUCCGUCGACUACUCCGCGCUCAGCGCCGCCCUGUCCCGGUUUCCGUCUUUGGCCUGGCUCGGGACCCCCAAUUCUCUCAGCAAGGACCAUGUUUGCUGGGAUAUCAUCUACCGGACGGCCGAGGCCGUGAAGAAGCCACCGACGCCCAGCGACGGUUUCUCCGUGAAUCCCUUCCACAAGAGCGGAUUGAUAUCAGAAAGUUUAUACAAAGGUCUCACGGUUCGGGAGGUGGUCAGGAAGCGGAGGAGUGCGGUUGAUAUGGAUGGCGUUCAUGUGAUGCAGAGGGAAACUUUCUAUCAGAUACUGUUGCAUUGCCUUCCUUCGGGGGAGGUGGGACCGGGGGAGAAGCAGGGGAAGCAAUUCGCACUGCCAUUCAGGGUUCUGACGUGGGAUGCGGAGGUGCAUGCUGCUCUGUUUGUUCACAAGGUCGCGAAUUUGCCUCAGGGCUUGUAUUUCUUGGUGAGGAAUGAGGACCAUUUCGAUAGCCUCAGGCGGGCGAUGAGAUCGCAGUUUGAGUGGGUAAAGCCGGAGGGUUGCCCUGCUGGCCUCCCCUUGUAUAGGCUUGCAAGAGGGAACUGUCAGGAGCUGGCCAAGCAGCUGUCUUGCCAUCAGGACAUUGCCUCAGAUGGGUGCUUCAGCCUAGGCAUGGUAGCUCGUUUUGAGCCAGUUCUGCGUGAAAGGAAUGCUUGGAUGUAUCCUCGUCUAUUCUGGGAGACUGGAGUUCUUGGUCAAGUAUUAUACCUCGAAGCACAUGCUGUUGGGAUAUCCGCUACUGGAAUUGGUUGCUACUUUGAUGAUGCUGUUCAUGAGGUUCUUGGCCUGAAAGAUUUGGAGUUCCAGAGCCUGUAUCAUUUCACUGUUGGAAGCCCUGUGUUAGACAAGCGAAUUAUGAGCCUUCCUGCAUAUCCAGGCCCUGGAGUGGAUGCAUAACUUUCUUUUAUGGCAUAUACCCGAAGAAAAGUAAUUGACAGGUACUUGGGGACUAAUCCUGCUCCCAAAUAUUAUCAUUUGUAUAAGCAUCAGUUAACUGGUUAAUUUUUCCAAAACCUUGUUUAAGACUAGGUGGAUGUGUUGAGAAAGUAAAAAUGUAAAACAAAAUAUAUCUGUAUGUAUUACUGUACAGUGGCAUCAGUGUUUCCAAGUUACAACUUCAAUGUUGUGCUGCAAAUUAUGAAGCUACCUCAGGGUUUCAUUUUGUCUUUC